AUGUCUCUGAUCCAGCAUGUCACACAACAAGAGGGUACUGACCGAGAGGAGGCGCUCGUCGAUUUGUUCUUAUCGCCGAUAGACCGGCUCGAAAGCCGAGAGCAAACCUCGGAGCGUCGGCUCUCUUUACAAAGUCAGUACUCGAACGCAGGCUUCUUGCAGGCAGGCAAGUCGGUGAGACGCGUGAUCAGCUACGAUGCGCUUCAUAAGCCCCAGGAACCAGUUGCAGGAGACAUUGACGGCGGCAUAACACAGUAUAAUGUGUCGACCUUCAAGCGUGCUGCACAGGUUUUCGCGGUCGUCCUCGCCUGCUGGUUUGGCAGUGGAAUUGUCUUUGGUUUUGCAGCGCUGAAGCCCAUUCUAAUCAAAGAAGGCGUCUACAAAGACCUCUGCACGCAGCAAGAGCUAGACGAGAAAGUCGAAGUCUGCUACGAACAGGACUUACGCCUCAAUUUCUUCUUUUCACUCGCGUCUACUACAGCCAAUGUCUCUGCACUUGUUGUUGGAACGAUGCUAGAUCGCUAUGGGCCCAGAGUCUGUUAUCUCGUCGGUUCGGCUUGCCUUGCUGCUGGCAGCAUCAUAAUGAGCCUCGCCUUUCAGAUCGACGAGUUCGAUGGCUAUACAAUCGGAAACUUCUUCCUCGCGCUUGGAGGCACAUUCGUGUUCUUGCCGUCUUUCCAGAUUGCUAACGCGUUCCCAAAGUACGGUGGCACUAUUGUGGCGCUCGUUACUGGCGCCUUUGAUGCAUCUGCAGCUGUCUUCCUCUUCUACAGACUUGGAUAUGAGAGUACUGAUGGUGCCUUCAAGCCGCAUAUAUUCUUCCUUGUCUAUCUCAUUGUCCCAGCAGCGAUUGUCGUCGCCCAGCUGACUUUCUUACCAACUGAGAACUACAAGACUGCGCCUCAAUUGGAGAUGAAGAUCCAGCGUGCUGGAGAGAACGAGAGAGAUGUCCAUACUUCGGAUGAGGACCUGCCCGAUGACGAAGUCUGGAGACGCAGGAAAAACCGCAGCGCCCGUCGCCGUAAGCGUUUGAGCAAGCUCGACGAGCUCGUCGGCGACGAAGUCGCACGCAAGAAGCAAGAAGAGAAGCAUGAGCAUCAUCUCGAGGCUUCUGGAGUAUGGGGUGCCCUGCACAACAAGACCGCCAUCGAGCAGAUGCUUACGCCGUGGUUCAUACUGUUGACCCUUCUUACCGUCAUGCAGAUGGUGCGCAUGAACUACUUCAUCGCAUCCAUUCGAGAGCAGUACGCGUACAUGCUCGGAUCCAUCGACCUGGCUACCCGCGUCAACGAGUUCUUCGACUGGGCACUUCCCCUAGGAGGCGUCCUCAGCACACCUUUCCUCGGCAUGCUUCUCGACAAUGUCAGUACUCCCGGCGUCCUGCUCAUCAUCAUUGUUAUCGCCACUGCUAUCGGCAUCAUUGGCUCAGUUGCCACGCUCUGGGCAGGAUACAUCAACGUCAUCCUCUUCGUCUUCAUGCGACCCCUCUACUACUCAGCGAUGUCUGAUUACGCCACCAAAGUCUUCGGUUUCGCGACUUUUGGCCGCGUGUACGGAACAAUCAUCUGUUUCUCCGGCUUGAUCAAUCUCUCACAGACCGGUAUCGAUGCGCUCACCAAGCGCACUUUCAACGGCAACCCGGUGCCCAUCAACGCUUUCCUCGCUGGGUUCACGUUCAUCAUCGGUACGGCGCUUGUUGUCUACGUUACAGUACAAGUUUACCGCAUGCGUAAAAAGCUAGACGAGGAGGACGCAAUGACUGUCACCAAUACUGAUGUCGGCAGCAUCAUGGAGAGUCUGCUGGAGGAGGACGAGCCGAGGGACUACGGCAGUAUUGCUCCCGGUCGCCAAUCCAGGGAGUACGAGCAGCCCGGCCGCCAGUCAAGGGAAUACGUCUAG